UUUGCCAGGGAAGGGUGAGGCUGGAAGCUUGGGUUUGGCCCCACUGGGCUUUCUCCAUAAAGGUUUCAGCACCUCAUCCCACAUCAGGAGCCUUUUUGGAGAAAGCUCCACUCCACUGAGCUCAGGCCGCAGUGGAGGGAGGGAGUGAAGGAGCUCUCUGUGCCCAAGGAAAGUGCAGCUGAGACUCAGACAAGAUUACAAUGAACCAACUCCGUUUCCUGCUGUUUCUCAUUAUGGCCGCCAGAGGGUGGAGUACAGGUGGGGCUAAUACUUGCUUCAAGGAACUGGACUUUUCUUUGUCUCUGCCCAGAAGCUGCAAGGAAAUCAAAGACAAGUGCUCUGAUGCACAUGAUGGCCUGUAUUUGCUCCGCACCGAGAAUGGUGCUGUCUACCAGACCUUCUGUGACAUGACCUCUGGGGGUGGCGGCUGGACCCUGGUGGCCAGUGUGCACGAGAAUGACAUGCGUGGGAAGUGCACGGUGGGCGAUCGCUGGUCCAGUCAGCAGGGCAACAAAGCAGACUACCCAGAGGGGGACGGCAACUGGGCCAACUACAACACCUUUGGGUCUGCAGAGGCGGCCACGAGCGAUGACUACAAGAACCCCGGCUACUAUGACAUCCAGGCCAAGGACCUAGGCAUCUGGCAUGUGCCCAACAAGUCCCCCAUGCAGCACUGGAGAAACAGCUCCCUGCUGAGGUACCGCACCAACACCGGCUUCUUCCAGAUCCUGGGACAUAAUCUGUUUGGCCUCUACCAGACAUACCCAGUGAAAUAUGGAGAAGGAAAGUGUUGGACGGACAAUGGCCCGGCGAUCCAUGUGGUCUAUGACUUUGGCGAUGCCAAGAAAACAGCGUCUUAUUACUCACCCUCUGGCCAGAAAGAAUUUACUGCGGGAUUUGUUCAGUUCAGGGUAUUUAAUAAUGAGAGAGCAGCCAACGCCUUGUGUGCUGGAGUGAGGGUCACCGGAUGUAACACUGAGCACCACUGCAUUGGUGGAGGAGGAUUCUUCCCAGAGUCUAGCCCCUGGCAGUGUGGAGAUUUUUCUGGUUUUGAUUGGAAUGGAUAUGGAACUCAUGUUGGUUUCAGCAGCAGCCGGGAGAUAACGGAGGCAGCUGUGCUUCUAUUCUACCGUUGAGAGGUUUGUGGUAGAAUAGAAGACCUCUCCCCUCAACCAUGGGGUCCCAAGGAUGGAGAACAACUUACCCAAUAGCUAGAAUGUUAAUGGCAGAAGAGAAAAGAAUAAAUCAUAUUGAUUCAAG